GUAUCAUGAGAGCCCCAGCAGCAGCAGCAGCAGGCUCCGAAGCUGGACCAGUAGUAGCAGCAGCAGCAGGCGCAGCAGCAGCAAGCGCAGCAGCAGCCGCAGCAGCAGCAGCAGUAGCAGCGGAGGGUCGGCCGUCUCCCGCCCGGCUCGAACUGCUGAAUUUAUCCCACUCAGCGAAGCCAACUCUGAAGCUGUCAGAGACGUUCUUCUUGAUUAUGAGCGUGAUCGCCAGCAGCAGCCCAUGCAUGUCGUCUCCGAACCAGCAAUCCGUGUGACACCUGGCAAAAUUGGGGGGAACAGA